CACACUCAACAAUGGUUAACAGCUUAUGGUUUAAAUGGAAGAAGCUUCGCCUGCCCUGGCGCAAGUCCUUCUUGGUCGGUGAGGAUCUCGCCGGCAAUACCUUCUGGGAGUUCAAAGAUGUGUUGAACGCAGCUCGCUUCCGACGCAUUGUUCGGUUCGAUCCCAAAACACAUUUCAGUGAUGUUCAAGUAUCACCGCAAUGGCACCAAUGGCUGCGACAUGUCCGGGAACACCCCCCGAGUAUUCAGGAGCAGCAGCAGGAUCUUGUCCGCCAGGCACAAAUCAAACAACUCGCUCGACUCGCCGAUGAACGCUGGGCCAGCAAGGCCUCCUUCCUUGAUAAGCCCAAGACUCAACAACAACCACCAACGACCCAAAUAAAUGAGGCGACUUUAAAUACUCCUGCCAACGCUGCUCCCACACAACAAACCUCCCCCGAAACAGCCCCCGCAGCACCACAGACACAAAAGGUGGAGAACCCAUGGAUCAAGGCGAAAAAGGCCAACCCAGGCGAGGAGUGGCAACCCGAGGCGUGGUCUCCUAGUUCCAAGCGGUGA